AUGGACAGUCAGCCGUCGGCCGCCCGAGGUACGCUGCAGGAGGCGGUCAAGUACUGGUCUGACUUUGUCGCGCGGUGCAUCGUGCAGCGGCUAGACAGCAACCGCUUCCAGGACUUUGUGCAGCUCGUCCACGCGCGGCACCCGCUGCCGCCCGUGCUCAUCGCCGACCUCUUCCUCCGUCCGCAGCCUUCGAACCGCGUCAGCCUCGAUCCGCGCAUCCCACCGUAUGUGCGAAUUCUCGCCCAGCUCCGCUACGUCGACGCGCCGUCCAUCUUGCGCGUGCUAUACAAGUACUCGGCGCUGCACGCCCAUGACAGGCCACCGCUGCCGCUGCCGUCGUCGCUGCCCGAGAACGGGGGAGACGGCGAGACGAUGAAGAAGGAGGAGGAAGAGGAGAAGGGUGCUGGCGGCGGUGGGGUGAUGAGGCAGGACAAAAUGGUGCGCUGGCAGGAGUCGGCUUGGGCGGAAGAGGUCCUGUUUUACCACGUUAUAAAGACCAUGUUUGAGGGCACGGCGUUUACAGACGCCAAGACGGGUCUGGAGCUGGUGGACAUUACUUGCAAGUGGAUGGACCUGUUUGUGCAUGCCAGCUCGGAACUGGCGGCGGAUAUGCUCGCCAACAAGCACGACAGACAGGCUCGCGACGAGAUGGAGACGGUGCGCGCAGCACUUGUGCCUCUGCUUCUUAGACUGGUGGAUAAUCACGAGCUGCUACGCAUCAUUAGCAAGCCGUUUGCAAAAGGCAUCCGAAAGCAUUUAUCAGAAAGCCUUGGCAAUUUUAUACAAACUGUCCAGCCUCCACCUCUUUACAUUGAGAGACUGGAAAUCUUCCGCACGCAGACGCUUGCACAGCUGGACCCUAUCGAUGAGAAGAAGAAAGCUGCCAACGCAGCCAUGGAAGAGCUGCUUGACUCGACCGUUGGUUCAGACAACUUUGUUGUUCCCGAUAUCCUCAUCUCCAACUCGCGGGCUGCGCUUUACGUCUACCUCAAUGCGGCACUCGUUGCACGGCCUGUGCUGGAUGAUUCUAUGCUCUAUGCAUUCUUGAGCAACAAAUACCAAGAAAACCAACAAGCGAGUGCGGUCGAUCUUAUCGUCGCCUCAUUCGACGUGCUUGCCAACGCCGUGUUUCGAAACGAGGGCCCCAGAGACGCUCAUCUUUUGCGAUCCUUUGUGGUCAACAAGCUGCCGCUUCUGCUUUGCCAGCUGUGCCAUCCAGAGUUCUCGGCGGCGUCGGCAGAGUUCUGCAUCACAGAGGCAUUGAGUCGCGUCGACACCGGCAUCUUCCCCACAGCCUCUCUCAUGUUCGACGAGUCGCGAAACAACAAUCCCUACAUGGAUAGCGUGCGAGAGGAGUUUUGUGCGGCGUGUGCGUUGCAUGGGCUGAUAGAGAGAGACCACGUCGACCGCAUACUCGGAGAAACAUCCAUGUCGUAUGACCCAUCGCUGGAAAGGGCUAAUAGGGACAGGCUCGUCAGCGAUUGCUUGUCUGACUCUGGCAGGAUACAAAAUAUAAUCUCACAACUAGAUAGGGUGGACGGCAAUGUUGGAGCUGUGGCUCAUGCCAUUGUCGAGUUGAUUCGACAACUGUGUAACAACAAGGAUACAACAUCACUGAAGCUUCUUUGCCUGCAAUUAUCCCAAAAGCCUCAAUCAUUAGACAUCAUUCUUCUUUUCGACAAAGUCACAUCGGUGCUAGAGCCUGUGUGCACGCUUCUUGACAAUUGGAAUUACGAGGAAGACCAGGGCGAGUACCAACCCGUAUAUGAAGAAUACGGUGCGAUUCUUCUUUUAGUAUUCGCCUUUACCUACCGCUAUAACCUUUCCCCCCUGGACAUUGGCAUCCAGUCGGCCGACUCGCACGUGGCCAAGAUUAUCGCCAAGUCGCACAUGCUGCGGCCACUGGAGGACCUGAACGAGCAAGAGGCGGAACAUGUGGCUGGUUGGAUCACCGGCCUCUUUGAUAACGAAACUGGUGGCCUGGGAGACGACCUCAUGUCCUCGUGCCCGCCGCACGAGUUUUAUCUGCUCGUGGCGCCGAUUUUUCAGAGCAUCAUCACUGCUUACACGUAUGGCUACAUUAACGACGAGAGCCUCAAAGGCGGUGUUGAAUACUUGGUCGACACAUUUCUGUUGCCGUCGCUAGUGCCGGCCAUUAGAUUCUUGUCCGACUACAUAUGGAUAGAUGAAAAGGAGCAAAAGUCCAUUGUCAAGGCUUUGCAGCUACUGCUCACGCCUAGCUCCAUCUCAGGCGAAGCAAGCACUGUGCUGUCGGCGGUGAAGAACCUCAUCGCACAGCCACUCGAGCACGCACUGCGAACCUACCAGCGUCAAGACCCCCGUAACCAGGACAUUGAACCGCUGCUGAGGUCGCUCAAGGAGAACCUGCCGCUCUCGCGACGAACCGGCGGUCCCGAGCACCACGAGAUGGUAUCGUGGGCCAACAACUCGAACAGCGGGCUGUCUGGGGCCAUCCGGCACACCAUACAAGGGCUCGUGCAGUGGAGCCUGCAGCCCGGCGUAAACGUGAUGCCGACGUCGUACACGCAUCGCCAGCUCAUCACCGGGCUGCGCAUCAUUGGCCCGAGCCGGCUCCUGCGGCUCAUAAUGGAGGAGGUUCGGCAGCAGAGCGAGCUGGGCAACGCGUCGAUCGUCUACGACGUGGCCGCGGCGCUCAUCGCGGCGACAGACCCGACCAACGAGGCGCCGCCGGGGCCGAACCUGCUCGACACAGCGGGCACCAUGCAGGCGACGCCGCCGCCGCAAAGGCCGCAGGGCCUGCGAGAGGCGCUCAAGACGGCGGCAGAGGGCUGCAAGCGCCUGCAGAAGCACGACCAGUUCCUGGCGGAGGCGACGGUGCGGCUGCACCGCCGCGUCGAGAUGCUGCUGGUCGUGCCGCAGCCGCAGGCCAUGCUGCAGACGACGGACAUGCCGCUGGACCUGGGUGGCGAUGCCAUGGCGGCGGCGGCGGCAGCAGCAGCAGCGGUGGGCGCGGACCCGAUGAGCGUGGACGGGUUGGACACGACGGGGCUGGACACGACAGGCCUGGAUCUGGGCCUGGGUGCGGAUAUGGGCUUAUCUGGGGGCGGCAGCGAUGGGGAUUUGUUUGGCGGCCUGGACACGAGCCUAGACAUGUUUGAUGGGUGGGACAGCAUGGAUAUGGGAGUCAACUAG